AUGUGGCGUUUGGCCAAUUUCGUUUAUCGAGCUUUUCGUAAUACUACGUGUCAUCAUCGUUGUAAUACCCAAGAUGCAUCAUUAAUAUCAACGACAACAUUACUAAGUAAUGAUGACGAUAUAAAUCGAAAAAAUGAACAACAAUUACUUCAAGUUCAAAAGGCUUGUGUUGACCAUAUAUUAAAAAAUAGUCAAUUAGCCUAUGAUAGUAUUGAACAUUUGCAGGAAAAAUUACGGCAAAUCAGUCAACAAUUACUUUUACAAAAAAAGAAUGCAUUUCUAAAUGCGAUAAAUUUACUUCGAGCGUCAACGUCAAAUUUUAUUUUAAUAAAAUCUGUUCAACCGACAACAACAUCGAGCAAACCAAAUGUUCCAUCCCAAUCAAUUGACAGAGCACCUAAAGAACAACAAAAACAACAAGAAAAUGUUUCAUUAGAUGUUGAUAGUUUAGAUCAAUUCUUAAAUUCUGAUGAAAAAUGUGUUAAAAUUUUAAAUCGUUUCUCAUCUGUCUAUGAUCAAAUAUCAACUGCUAUUAAUAAUCAAUCAGCGAUUGAUUCAAUUGAAUCGGGAAAUGUUCAAAAUGGUAUUGAACAAUUACAAUCAACAGUUAAAAUGGGAUUGAAUGCAGCUGCAUUCUAUAAUUUGGCACUUUGUUAUGAACAUGGUUUUGGAGUGGAAAAAGAUCGAGCAAAAGCAUGUGAUUUAUAUCGUGCAGCAUCAAGUAUGGGACAUUUGACUGCACAAUUGAAUUUAACAUUAUUAGGAAAUCAGAUUGACAUUAACAAUGAUAAUGAUGAAUUUGAAAACAAUGAUGAUGAUAUUUCGGAAGCAAAAAUUAGUGAUGAAUUUAUGAACAUCGGUAAUAAUGCUAACCAUCUUGACAAUACGUGUCAUUUUUCGAGAGAUGCUGUUUGUGAUAACUCAGUCGUUGAAUCAACGCUUUCAUCUCGACGAACAUCAUUAUCUGAGUUAUGGACAAACGGAUUGUUUGUUGAAGAUGAAUCAAAUUCACUGCAACAAAAGAUUGAUUGGAAUAUGUGUUUGGUUACUGCUCCCCGAAUAGCUUAUGGUGGUCUACAAGCUCGUCACGAAAAACUAAAAACAAUUAUUACCGAUUUAUUACGUCAUGAAAGAGUUGAGGGCUAUAUACGACCAUAUGAUGAAGCACGACAGUAUGUUGAACGAUUGAUUGAAAUGGGAAAAAAAUACGGUGAUAGACACGUAGGAACGAUGCAAUUAAUGGAUUAUUGGAUCAACGAAAAAGAUAUUAUUUAUAAAAUGUUUAAAGUCUACGUACCAAGAUAUCUGAAAACAGAUGGACCAUAUACGAAUUCUUAUCGAUUACCCAUAGAGCGUGGUGAAAAUUGUUAUGGAUCUAAUGUAAAACAAAAUAUCGUUGUUGAAAUGAAAGAUAAUCCUUAUCCAAGAAUAAUACCUGAUACAAGAAAUUAUUCAAAUAUACUGACAAAUGUUUUGAUUGAUCAAGCAAGAAAAGAAUAUAAAGCAGUGAGACAAAAUAUCGGUGUGACCACAGAAAAAUAA